GAAAAAUUAAAACCAUUUUGUCAGUCAGUUGACGAUGAAUGGUUCAACAAUUGAAACAGAUGGUGAAGAAAAUUCACCAUUAAAUCAAGAAAUAAAUAUUGACGAAUUGAGUGAUGAGAAUUUAAAGACUUUAAGACAAUCGACAAAGUCGAUCUUAAAAAAACCAGGCGAAGAAGAUUUAGAUGAUUUCGAAGCAUGGAUGAAAUCUAGAGCUCUUAUAAAACCAGAUGAUCAACUUGAUUUAAAUGAUAUUGAAUUAGCUGAGGAGAUUCCAAGAACUUUAAGUCAAACCAAUACGAAUGUUAUCAAAAAUUUGGCUGUAUAUAGUUAUGCUGCCAAAGAAUACAUAUUGUUACCAGAAGAGGGAAAUACUGUUACACUUUAUAAUUUGCCAAGUACAUCAUUGCAUUUAGAUUCAGCAGAAGCUAAAAAACAAAUAGAGGAAUAUGGGGAAGAUGCUUUUUUAAUGCCAGAAAAAUCUCGCCAAAAAUCCAUAGCAAAAUCAAUUCUAGCCCCAAAAGAUACAGAAGCUGCAGAAGCGGAUGACGAAGACAAAGAAGCUAAAGAAGAACAAAAACCUGAAGGGGAUGAAGAGGAAGGUGAAAACGAAGAAGAGGAAGAAGAAGAAGGUGAAGGUGAAGAAGAUGCAGGUGCAGCAGAAGCUGCAGCAGCGGCUUCUCAAGCUGAAGAAUCAGCAGCAGGGGGAGCUGGAGGAGGAAGAAAAAAGAAACUCAUUAAUCAAUUUAACUAUUGCGAAAGAGGUGCACUAACAUAUUCAAAUCCAACCAGAGCAAUCGAAGCUCAAACUAUUCCACCACCAAGAUCAACAUUUGGUGGAACUGUUCUACAAUGGGUAAUAUUUGAUUCAUAUAAUGAGGAUUUUGAAAAACAACAAAAAGAUAAAGAAAAGGAUAAAAAGGGAAGCACAGCACCUAAAAGGGAUGAUCAAAAAAAGAAAAUUGACAAAACUCAACAGGCUGAAGAACUUAAUAAAAAGUAUUUAAAAUGUUGGCAAAUAUUAGAACGAAUGAUCAAUCAAAAUAUUUAUGAUGAAAUUGCACAAGAUUACAGAACAUAUGAGGAUCCAUCAGAUGAAUAUCGCGAUGGUGAAGGAACUCUUUUACCCUUAUGGAAAUUCUGUUAUGAGAAAACAAAGAAAAUGAAUGUUACCGAUAUGUUUUUCAAUCCCCAUUAUUAUGACUUGUAUGCAGUUUGUUUUGGGUCACAUGACUUCUUGAAACAAAAUCCUGAAGGAGCUUUGUGCUUGUUUACCAUUAAAAAUCCAUCAUAUCCUGAUUAUAUAAUAAUGUGCGAAAGCGGUGUCAUGAGCUGUGACAUUCAUCCAACUUAUCCAUUUUUAGUUGUAAUCGGUAUGUAUGAUGGAAAUGUUGGGGUCUAUAAUCUUCAACAGGGUAUAGCACCAAUUUAUACAUCACAAGGUGUUAAUGGAAAACAUGCAGGUAGUGUAAAUGAGGUUAAAUGGGGCUUGGAUAUGCCAGAUGGAGAAAUAAAUUUUUAUACUGUUUCAUCGGAUGGUAUGGUCUUUAAUUGGGUUCUUAUGCAAAAUCGAUUGUUUAUAACAAGAAUAAUUACACUGUACUUAGAUGUACCAUCUGUUGAAGGACCAGAUGGUGUACAAAUAAAAUUAAAAUCUUGUGGAACAGCUUUAACAUUUCAUCCUAAAGAUAAAGAAAUAUUUUUGGUUGGGACAGAAGAAGGUUUAAUUUAUAAAUGUAGUAUAUCGUAUAGUUCAAAAUAUUUAAUGACAUAUCAUGCUCAUCAUCUGUCAGUUUAUCGAAUCGAUUUCAAUAAAUAUAAUAGUAAUAUAUUUGCUUCAUGUAGCGGUGAUUGGCGUGUCAAAAUUUGGGAAGAUAUGCGACCGGAUCCAUUGUUUGUAUUUGAUCUUGGUACAAGUGUUGGAGAUGUUAAAUGGGCACCAUAUUCAAGCACAGUUUUUGCUGCGGUUACAUUAGCUGGAAAAGUGUUUGUUUUCGAUUUAAAUGUUAACAAAUAUAAAGCCAUUUGUAUACAAUCAAUUGUACCACAGAGAAAAAAUAAACUGACCAGAUUAAUAUUUAAUGAAAAACUUCCAUUUAUUAUAGUUGGGGAUGAUAAGGGCACAACAAUAUCUUUGAAACUCUCACCUAAUUUAAGAAUUAUGUGCAAACCUCCAAAGAAACAACCGUGGUUAGAUCAAAGCACAAUGCAAAUACAAAAAUUGGACAAAUUACUUUCUCUAGUUCGUGAAAUGCCAGAAGGUGCUAAAGAGGAAGAGGAUGAUGUUUCUGAAAAGAGUUAA